AUGAUACAGGCGUGGAUCAAGGCCAAUCUUGGCUUUGCCUCUGAGUCAAAUGCGGAUAAACCUCAACACUAUGAGAAAGUGCCCGUGCCUGAGUCCCCCUCUCUACCCAAGGGAAUGGAUCUUCCAGGUAAAGGUAGAGACAGAAUUGUUGAAGGAGAUAGUACAGACGAUACUGAUUUCACGUUUCUGGACUUGUUUCCUACAAAUCCAAGCUUCAUGCUCACUUACUUAAGUCCAAUCAUGCCAGCUGCUGAUAAUAGGGUAGCUACGGCAUCCGUGAUCACUUUGAAUGGGCUUUUUGGUCUCACUAUGAUGUGUCGGAAAAGAAAUCCUAGGUUUGGAACAACACCUUUCGUGUUAAAAUUGCACCUGGUCCUUAGAAAAGUUGCUGGCCUGCUCGUUUUUUCAUGUUCUUUGAUUGAAGGCAUGCGGAUUUGCCUUCCUUACGAUCCAUGGAUUGAUGAGGCCCGUGAGUGGCGUAAUUGGGCAAUUCGUAACGGUGACAGACCAGGCUGGUGGUUUGGUGCUAUCGGUUGGUAUGAGCCACUUUCGACCCAGUACUGGCUCGCUCUCGUGAGUAAGCGCACGCUGAAUGAUCUAAUAGCGAAGAAGAAAGCCGUGAAUAAAAAGAAUAUGGGCAUUCAUCAUAACGCCGGCUUUGGUGUUAUAGUACACCAUUAUCCACCUCCAUUAUCUGAAACAUUGUCCAUUUUCACAGAGGUGAGACAACACAAUUUGUUUAGACAAAAGACUUUGUUGGACACGAAAUUGAAACAUGUUUCUGAACUAAAUAAGGCCGAGCGUAUUGAUAAGAACCUUGAAGGCGAAAUCGCUAGAGAGAAGGCUCUUGAGGAUUCGGGCAUUGAAAUCGAAGAACCAGAGUUGAUUCAUCUUCCAGACGGCGUUACAAAGAGUGAGUGGGACGCAAGCGAGGAUAUGUUCCAUAUGGCAUGGACUCGAUGUGAGAGUGAUUCCAAGUAG